CUUGCAUUAGAUUUUGUUUAUAAGUAUUUCUAUUGUGCAAUCUUGAUAUUUCACAUUUUUAUGUUUGUUUUUUUGUCUAUCCCGCCGCUGGCCAACCCUUGGACAGUCCGAAGCAGGCAGGAGCAUGUCUAGCACUCUCUUAUAACAAUGUCUUUUGCAUUAACCCUGUGAUGCAUUAAUUAUUAACUUCAUGAAUUUAUAGCACAGGUAGAAUUUGCAAUACAUAGGUUUCUUUCUGUUUAAUUAUUGACUGAAGACCAACAGGAGCUACAGACAUGCCGGAAUUCUUGUAGAUCAAAUAAGCAGAAAUGGAAUGGGCCUUUAGUGUUAUGGUACUUGGAAAAAUAUAGUAACUUGGCUAAGUAGAUCCAUAGUUUUGAAGAGCAUUUACUGAUUUUGAAUCUUUCUAAAUACAUGUUCUAAUGUUAAUUUGUCUUUUGCUCAUACACUUGUCCUUUAGCUUCCCCUCUGGUGGGAGUCUUGUCAGGAGGAGUAUGUCCUUCUUUCUCCAGAACAUACUAAUCACAACAUGAAAUGGCUUCCUUAACAUGAAAAAAAUUUUCCUUUUUCCUUUCCUUUUCCUGAGCUUUCCCUCAUACACUCCCACUCUACUUGCACAUCUGGUGGGGAUCUAGAUCUGGAGCGACGGUGGAGUUGCUGUAGUUCCUCUUUAUCCUGCUAUGCGACUGUAUCUCGCUGGAUUGGACAGCAGACUGCACUUUGUUUGCCUCAGUCACUGCUAACCUCCCUCCGUCAGAGAAGGCCCUACUGAUCAGUGGUGCAGCUGAGGUGCUUGAGGUGGCUUGACAACCAGGCAUCGCCACAGACAUGGCCAGCACCUGGAGGUCUCUUCUGCAGUGUCUGAAUGUGCUCCUCCUGGCCUGGGCUCUGGUACACUGCCAGACCCAUCCGGAGGUCCAGACGGAAGAGGAAGGAGAACCAAUGGAGGUGACAGAGACAGAGGCCGUUGAAGUCCGGGAGGUGGUGAAGACUGGGUUGGUUGUAUGUCCUGGCCAGUGUACUUGUACAGAUGAGGGGGCGGUGGACUGUGCCGGCGUUGACCUCAUGGACUUUCCAAGUCCGCUCUCCGAGAGCACGCGCAUUCUCUCACUGCAGAACAACCAGAUUGGAUUUGUGACCGUUGACGACCUGGCUCGUCUGCAGCAGCUGGUGACACUAAACCUGCAGAACAACCGUCUUACCACACAAGGCCUUGAAGAUGAAGGGUUCACAGUGAUGGAACAGCUUAAAUACUUGUACUUGGCUAAUAACAAGCUCACCACAGCACCCAAACACCUGCCUCCAUCACUGGUCAGCGCUGAUUUUGCUGCUAAUUCACUCACAAAGAUCUACCCUUACACGUUUGGUCAGAAGCCCGAGCUGAAGUCAGUGUAUCUCCACAACAACAAGCUGACAGACGCAGGACUACCUGGGAACAUGUUUAAUGGUUCUGACAGCCUGGAAGUCCUCGUCAUGUCCAGUAACUUCCUCCGCUACGUCCCUAAGGGCCUGCCCUCGGCUCUGUAUCGUCUCCAUCUGAAGAAUAACAAGCUGGAAAAGAUCCCUGCAGGGGCGUUUGAUAACCUGAUAGAGCUUAGAGAGCUCUACCUACAGAACAACCUGCUCAGCAAUGAAGGCAUGGAUAACGAGACCUUUAGUCAGUUGACUAGUCUGGAGUUUCUGGACCUGUCUAACAACAACCUGACCGUGGUUCCUGAGGGUCUGCCCCGGGGUCUGAUAAUACUACACCUAGAAAAGAACAGCAUCCGUCGAAUACCUGCUGAUGCCCUCACAGCCUGCCGUAAUCUGGAGUACCUCCUUCUGCAGAACAACCAACUCCGUUCUCGCUCCAUAGAUCCCGCUGCCUUUCAGGGCCUGAAGAAUCUCCACACCCUCCACAUGUAUAAUAAUCAGCUGGAGCGCAUUCCCAGGGGUCUUCCCCGCCGGGCCAAGACCCUCAUGCUGCUUCACAAUGCCAUCAAUGAGAUCGGACGCAAUGACCUGGUUAUGAUGUACACCCUGACCGAGCUCAACCUCAGUUACAACCGCCUCAGCAGCCCCAAACUACACAGAGAAGCCUUCAGGAAGUUGCGUCUGCUGGAGAUCUUGGACCUGUCAGGGAACACCCUCCACUCCCUGCCCAUGGGCCUACCCCGCUCCCUGCAGGUCCUCCGGGUGAAGGACAGCCAGCUGACCACCAUACCAGAGGGGGCACUGAAGGGCAUGGCCAAGCUCCGGGAGAUUAUUCUCAGUCAUAACAAGCUAAAACUCAACUCUAUCUACCAAGGAGCCUGGAUGGAGCUUAGCGCUCUGACGACGUUGGACCUGUCCAGUAACCAGCUGUCUCAUAUUCCUUCUGACCUGCCUGAGUCUUUGGAGUACCUGUACCUGCAGUCCAACAGCAUCAGCUCGGUCCCCAUCUCUGCUUUCGAGGGCACUCCCAACAUUAAGGGCAUCUUCCUGCGGUUCAACCGUCUAUCCCCCUACUCUGUGAAGGAGAGCUCCUUCAAACACCUAACCAAACUGCAGGUGCUGGACAUUGGUCACUCGGGCAACUCCAACCCCUCUAGCCCUUCUGGACCCUCCUUCAGACGAGAGGAAGAGGAAGAGGAAGAGAUGGAGAAUAUGUGAGAGCAACUGGGAGAACGUUUUUCUUCAUAAGAUUAUCCUAUGGGCACAAGCUGAUUGAAUGAGUAGAUUCAAAUCCCAAGUCCUGUUAUUUUAAAUGCACAGAAAACACUUUUGCAAAAGAUUAGGCUCGAUACUGAAAUGUUAAUGGAAGUUAGAAUAAAAGGGGAAGUGAUGUUUUGUCCCAUAGUGGUGAAUUGUGGACGCAGAUAACGUGUAUCUGGUGCAGGAUGCCAGAUGAAAAUGUAUUUUACAUUGCCUUAUUUUUUGUAUUUUUGCUUGUACAUGCAAUGACAGAUAUGGUUGCAUUUCUGCGCUUGAGCCUUUUGCCCGCAACACAAAUGGCACCCUAUACUCUAGGGCUCUAGCCAAAAGUAGUGCACUGGUGAAUAGUAUGCCACUUGGGACACACCCUCACCACCACUUUAGUGAAACCAGAAAGGAUGAGACAGUCAGACCUGUUGUCAGUCAUAUGUUGAUCAUACUGCAUGGGUCCAAUCGCUGAAUUUUAGUUUGUGUUAACCAUGUCACUUUACUAUGAAGAUUGUCAAGAUUUGCAGUCUUUGUCAUCUGUGCUGAGCCUGUAUUCAUUUUGUAAGCAUCUUAGGCCAGGCUGAGUGGUGGUCUAUGAUUAGGUCCCUCCUCUUAUUCAUUAUGGUCUAUAAGACUGAACUAAUACUAGAUCUGGGACGCUUUGUGAAUACCUAGUUGUGAUUGUGUGUCGAUGCCUGGUAAGACAGUCUGGCUUCAUGCUGUAGUCUUAUAUCAUCAUUAUUAUGCUGCAAACAACAUCUAUGUCCAUGUCACAACAAUAUAAUGACAUCUUUCUCAGCCUACCAAAAGCUUCAGCCAUGCUGUUAAUCUUAUGCCUUGCUUUAAUCCAGUCUUGUUUUACAAAGAUGAAGAUUGCAAAUAUUUUUAUAUGCAAAAUUUUAAAACUCAUGCUAUUAAAUUAAUAUUGAA